UUGAGCGUUAAAGCUGUUUGGGUCCUGUUACAAACAAACAUUUACUGAAGUGUAGUCGGUUUAACGCGUUAUUUGUAGCGCGUGCUCCGCUGUUUGUGUUAGCUUUAGCCUGCUUGUGGCUAGCAGCGCGUGCAUUGUUUGAGGCGAUGUUAGUUAGCUUGUUUGCUAACCUGCAAAAUGUUGGUUCACAUCUCUGCAGGGUUUGUGUGUAGUUUUGGGACCAAACAUCAGCAGGAACAACAGUGACUGUUUUGAGGUGAAAAUGUCUCAGACAGCCAAUGCCAGCCCUUCAUCACUCAUGGCCCUUCACUCAGAUACACACAAACAGAGCAUCCUGAGUAAAUUCGACAAGCUUAGGAAGAGGGACCUGCUGUGCGACAUCACUCUGGUUGUGGAAGACGUGCACUUCAAGGCACACAAAGCCCUGCUGGCAGCAAGCAGCGAGUACUUCUCCCUCAUGUUUACAGCAGAAGAUCAUAUCAGUCAGUCGACCUACCAGCUGGAUGGAAUGGCAGCUAAGAUGUUUGCAGCAGUGCUGGACUUCAUCUACAGCGCCCAGGUGUGUGUGGAGGAGGGCGCUACAGAGCAGCUCCUGGCCACGGCUUGUCUUAUGGAGGUCAACGACCUUGUCAAGGUGCUCACUGAACUUACACGCUCUGCUGCGGCGGUUAGAGGUGAGAAGUUAAAGGGAGACAUUGUCGAGGUGGCAGAUCUGUCAAAACGCAAAAGAGGACGACCUAAGAAAAAUGUGCCUGUUGUUACAGAGCUGGAGGGGAGAAGCGCACAGUGUGAGGGGUCAGAGGAGGGCCAGGCUGAACAUAUAGACUGUGAUGAUGUAGUAGCUGAGUCACAACCUAAAGAUGAUGCAGAUUAUAACCCAGGUGCCCACCAGAGCCGGCAGAGCAAACGCAAAAUCAGGCCACCAGUGAAAUACAAGAGCUACAAGGUGGGCAGCGACACAGCAGGAAGCAAAGAGACUGGGAAGAGAGGCAGGAAAAGGAAAUACCCCAACACUGAAGCUCGAUGUGAAGACUGUGGCAAAGAGUUCAAAAACCACCUCUUUUUAAAGAUUCACCAGAGGACUCACACAGGAGAGAAGCCUUUUAGGUGCCUGGUUUGUGGAAAGGCUUUUACCCAGAAGCACACUCUGCUGGUUCACCAACGCAUGCACACUGGAGAAAAGCCGUUUGUUUGUACCAUCUGCUCCAAAGCGCUGUCCACCAAACACUCCUUACAAGAGCACAUGAACCUCCAUGAAGAAGCCAAAUCCUUCAGCUGUGAUAAAUGUGGAAAGACCUUCACUCAGAAGAGGCAACUUAAAAGCCAUUACAGAGUUCAUACAGGGAAAUCAUUACCAGAAUGUGCUCAGUGCCAUCACAAAUUUAUGGACACGGCUCAGCUGAAAAAGCACCUAAGAACUCAUACAGGUGAGAAGCCUUUCACUUGUGAGAUUUGUGGAAAGUGUUUUACAGCCAAAAGCACUCUGCAGACUCAUAUCAGGAUACACAGAGGAGAGAAGCCGUACGACUGCAGCAUCUGCAACAAAUCCUUCUCAGACCCCAGCGCCAGAAGACGACACGUCGCCUCUCACUCAGGGAAGAAACCCUUCACAUGCUCCUUCUGCAGUCUCUCAUUCACCCGCCUGGACAAUCUGAAGACACAUACCAAAUCCCACAACAAGGAGCGAGCUGCGACAACAGAAGCCUCUUCAGAUGAAGCAGGAGCAGACACUGCAGCGCCACAAGAGGAGGUGCGCAACAUCCUGCAGCUGCAGCAGUACCAGCUGCCCUCCAGCUCUGAACACGAGAUCCAGCUGGUGGUGACGGGAGACGUGGACGACAUUAACUUUGUGCCAGGUCAGGGCCAGGACAUCAGCAUCAUCACCACAGAGGGGGAGACGACAGAAUCGGACCACUCCAGACUCACCCUGCUCACCCAGUCGUCAGGAAACGUGCAGAACGUGGCUCUGGUCACUCAGGGUGGCGUGGUGGAGCAGAGCCCUCAGAUUCAGACCAUCAGCAUGCUGGAGGGUCAGAUGACGCACCAACCUGAGCAGAUGCAUGUCAUCACGCUGAGCAAAGAGGCGAUGGAGCACCUACAGGCCCACCACGGUCCCCCGCAGCCCCUUCACAUAGCACAGCGACCCGUCCAGCAGCUGCAGGUGAUGCACCAGCCGAUCCAGCAGCUGGCCGUCACUCAGGACAGCUCGCAGGUGAGCAGGGAGCAGCACAGCCAGGCCAUCCACAUCAGCAGCCAGAGCAGCCAGCCCAUCUCCAUCAGCCAGACCAGUGAGCAGAUCUCCAGCCACCACAUCCAGGGACAGACCUUUCAGAUCCAGGCAGGGACCGUCUCCUACCUGUACACCACGGGGCUGCCGCAGGAGAGCUGAGAGUGCCAAAUCCUGACUGAUAUGCAGCGUAAUGGGACAGGAACACGCAUAUGUACAGUAUAUGGAUGAGUGGAUGAUGUUCUUAAAUAUAACUGGAGAAUAAAAUGCCUUUGCUUUGAAAAUAA